AUGGAUUUACUAAUAUCAAACCAAGCUAAUGGUAGUUUGAGAGUGAUCCGAAUAAAGAAGCAGAAUGGCCAGUAUCAUGCUAAGUUCAAAUGCGAAAAGCUUUCACAUGGAAGUGCUGAUUAUAUUCAAAAACUCGAAGUGUUUAAGUUUCAAGGCAAUCACUGUCUUGCGCUUGCUAGAAAAUGCGGAUUAGUUCAGCUAUAUGAGGGUCCAAUAGAAGGCAAAAAGACCCUUAUUUUAAGGAAGGUGUGGAAACAUGCAAACAUAAAUGGUGAUGACUUAAUAAUAUCGAUGGGAAUAGUUGGGAAUAGGUACUUAUAUACUUGUUCAAGCGAAGGGAAGCUUGUCUUUCGAGAUUUGAUACAUGAUGAUGAUGAUGAUAGUUACAGAGUAUAUUUGAUUAAUGAUCCAAUCUCAGCUGUUAAAAUAAAAUUUCUGACAAAACUCCAGAGAAUGGUUGUUGCUAGUGCAGGGAAAAAUAAUGAACUUCGUUUAUAUGAAAUAGGAUUGGGAGCAAAAUGCAAGUUUCCUGUUGAUACUAGUGAGAUCAGAUCUACAAUUUCAAACAGAAGCGGUGUACUUAGGAGAACCAUCACAUCGCUCAAUUUGGCUAGCUCCUUUCUUGAAGGUCAAACGAGGUCCUUAGUUCCAUUUUGGACUUCUCGUUCAUCAUAUCUGGAGUAUAUUUACAAAUCAAACUCAUUUGAAAGCAUUUCCAAUUGGAUCGUAUCUACAUGUUUUUACCUAUCACAUAGUAGAGACUUGAUCAUCUGUGGAGCUCAGUUUGGAAAUAUUUUAUUUUACGAAACAGCUAAAGCGCAUGAACCGGUUAAAAGCAUACAGGUGUCACAAUUUCCAAUUACUAACUUGAAAAUUUUUAAUAAUAAUAACCUCCUCCUUUUUAGUGAUACGAUUUCAAAAAUAGGGAUUAUUGAUUUGAAGAGCUUUCAGGUGGUUCAGGUUUAUGACAAUUUGAAGUUCGGACCAUAUAAUGCAUUCAAGUUUUUGACAGCAGACCAUGAAGUGGCUCUUAGAAAACUGUCUAAGGGUUUUCUUUUCAAACCCAUAUACACAAUAAGUUGCAGUGCGCUCAACCUGUUGAUGAUAUACGUUCUUUUCGAUGACGGCACUUACGACUUGUUGCUAGAAUUAAAAAUGGAUUCCGUAAUGCCUAGUGUAGAUCUUAUGGGAAAUUACGAGAAUAUCGAUGAAUUAUUCGGAGAAACUGCUAGUAACGAUGUGUCUUAUAUAGUAGAUCUAGGUACAUCGCUACCUGAAUCCAAGAGAAGAAGAACUCAAAUUUCGCAACCUUCCCGGCUGAUCCUGUCGCUAAGUCAUUUCACCCGAGAUAUAAUAAGAGACGAAAUCGAAGAAAACGAUAAUCUUGACCAGAAUAAUAACCUUGGAGUCCUUGGUUCAUCUAAGAUAAGUGCUAUCAAACAGCAACUUAAGUAUCCUAAUAGUCGCUACGCUAACUCUUUAUAA